AAGGAUCGUGUGGUCCUGGUCGACUUCUACGCUGACUGGUGCCGACCAUGCCACAUGCUGUCCCCCAUCCUUGAAGAGUUGACUGCAGAGGGAAAGCUAUCGGGGACGUCCAAACUCCCCUUGGACCUCGUCCAGAUCGACACCGACUCCCAGGACGGGAUGCAAAUUGGCCAGCAAUUCAGCGUUCGAAGCCUCCCAACGGUGAUUGCGUUCCGCGACGGGAAGCCCAUCCCCGGAGCACAGUUCAUCGGAGCGUUAAAUAAGGCAGGCGUGAGCAACUUCAUCAAGCAGCUCUGA